AUGAUCACAUUUGAGGGCCGAUACAUCACUCUUGGUGAUCUGAAACGACGGGUCAAGACACGAAAGAAACUGCGUGUCUCUGACCUGCUCGUUUUUAACGCGCAAACAAAUGAAGAAUACACUGAUGAUGGAGCCAUCAUCCCCAACAACACCGCGACGGGUGAUUCUUCAAUUUCGCUGGAGCAGCUUUUAGUGAGUGAUAACCUAAUAGAAGCCAACGCUUCAGAGGAUGACAAAAUCAAAGCUGUCAUGUUUCAGUCCAGCCGGUGCUUCUAUCCUGUUGACUAUGCCCGGCAGCUUAUUGGACUCCUCCCUUUAAAUUACAUCUGCUUCCGCUGUGGAAUACCUGGACAUCUCAUCAAAUACUGUCCAAAUAUUGGGGCCCCAAAAUUUGAUGGCAGUAAACAACCAAAAAAGUGUUCAGGUAUUCCACGCAGUUUCAUGGUGAAAGUAGAUGACCCAAACAGAGAGGGAGUCAUGCGCACCAAUGACGGACAAUUUGUCAUCCCCAUUAUUAAUGUGUAAGUAUGGUGCAAACUAAAGAAUAGUGUUGGUGAAAAAGUUUCAGAUUUUUAAAAUGUCCCCUUAAUUAUUUAGUCAAAAUAUUGAUCUUACCAUGAAUGAAAAAUGUCCAUUUCCAAUUGGUUGAGUAUAUUGUGUUUGCUUUGUUUAGUGAGGCCUAUGCUAAUGGAAAGAAAGAGAGGCCACCUUUCUUGCCCCAGGAUGAACCUUCAUCCCCAACGCAAGAAGAUCCGGUGCCUGAUGAGCUGCUGUGUCUGAUCUGCCAAGAACUCAUGACUGAUGCUGUGGUCAUCCCCUGCUGCAGAAACAGCUACUGUGACGAAUGUGAGUCAGUACAAGCAAACAUUAUUCUGAACGAAAGAGUCUUUUUGACAUUUGAAAGCUUACACAUUAUUUUGGCCACAGGUAUCCGAACAUGUUUGCUGGAGUCUGAUGAACAUGUUUGCCCCACUUGCAAACAGUCAGAUGUUUCCCCUGAUUCUCUGAACGCAAACGUGUUUUUGCGUCAGGUAAGAUCUUGAAACCCUAUUUAAUUGCUUGACCUGUGUCUUCAACUUUAAGAAGGUUUUAAGACAUUUUAUGAUUCUUUCCAAACCAGAAGGUGAAUAAUUUCACUAACGCAACAAGAGGCACCGACGGGAUUUACAGAACUGCAGCUGCUGCUGGAGUACAAGUGCAGAUGCCUCAGCCACCUAGUGUCGCACCUCAGCAGUAUCCUGUGCAGUGUCCUCCUCAUUCGUACAACAUUCCGUCACCUGUCCAUGCAUCAGUCUCACCUAAUGUGCAGGCUCCCUGGAUGGCUCCUGGCCCUCAGCCACCCAAAGCCAACCUUUCCUCAACUGUGCCUUUUCAGUCCAAGGAGAAAUUGUUCAGGCAGCAGUGCAGACUGAAGGAAGAGUGAGUAGAGUUUGAUUUGAGUUUAAUUUGUAUUGCUGUAUUAGUGUUGUAAUAUGUGGCGCAUGUGUUAGUUAGUUAACCCUUCAUAUGUGUAGUUGGUUACAUAUUAUGUACAAGUUGGUGAUUGUGAAUGUACUAUCAGAAUUGCUUUAAUAUAUCUUUUAGAGGAACCUUCAUGUUUUCAGCAAUCUGGAUUGUUGGGAAUACCAUUGUUCUCUUUUUCUGUUCACUCCUCAUAUGAUGUGGUAACAAGUCGCAGGGUUUUGGUUAUACCAGUUUGUUUUCUUAUCAUUUCCAUAUAGUGAUUUUUCAAAUGGUGGGCCCUCAUAUCCCUCAAAACCUCACUUUCAGUCCAGAUCACCACACUCAUCAUACUCUAACAGAGGCCGCAAAGACCGAUCCAUGUCAUGUUCUACAGACUAUCGUUGCUCCAACACCCGAACACCACCCAAGAGGGGUUGGGAUGUGAGUGUGAUGGGCAGUGGAGUGAUGGACAGAGGAGUUUGUCGUUCCCGCUCCAGAUCUCCUCCGAACAAGAAACGCAGUUCCUGCAAUAAAGAUGGAGACGCUUCUCACACGAGGAGUGAUUCCAAAUACACAAGUUGGUACAGCAGGCUCCCACCUUGUGUUGAUGAAGGUUUUUAUGGCUGAAAAAAGACCAGAUAGGAGGGCUUUAUAAAGAAAGUCUCUGACAUAAAAGCAACCCUGGGUCUCCAAGGAGAGACACAAGGUGCAACAGAAAAAAACACAAGGUUCAACAGAAAAACACACAAGGAGCAACAGAAAAACACAUGGAGCAACUAACAAAAAACACAAGGAGCAACAAAACACACACACACACACACACACACACACACAUACGAUGAGCAAACAAAAACCAACAUGAAAAAAUAAAUGUUUGUGUAUACUGCAGAAAUAAGUAUGUCUGUUUUAUUGUUGCUAGUAUUUGCUUUAAAAACAUGCUUUUCUUUUGACUGCGCUAACCUUUGCCCUCACUGUAAGAGAGAAGCUUCCUGAAUUAUCAAAGUUAUAAUGUUAUUUUGUGUUCUAUUCUUCGAUUAAUUUUUCCGGCCUGAUUGAAAAUCCUAGCAGAACUUUUACAGUAAAAUAUAAAGGCACUUAACUUGCCAAUCUGUGUGUUGGGUAAGUUACUCAAAAACAACCCAAUACAAAUGACUAAUUACCUCUCUCUAAAAAUUUAAUCAGAUUACUUUUCUGAUUAUGUCAUCGAAGAAGUAAUAACAUUAUUAAAUACUUUACUUUUAAGUUACUUUCUAAACCACUUUUCACAAAAAAACAAAACAAAUUCCUCCUUGUUCAUUAUCACACUCAAGCGUAAACUCAGCACAACAUGAUUCUCCUUUACGAUGACUCAUUAGAGGGCGCAGGCCCUUCAGCUGUCACAAAAUGCAAACAGACAUGAACAUAAUUCAUGUUUUAAAUAUAUUCCACAUAAAUAAUAUUAUUUUAGAAAUAUAUGGAUCCCAAGUAAUAUACUUAAAAGUAAUAAACUUAAUUGAAGGUCAGUAAAUGUAAUCUGAUUACAAGAAUUUAAAAUGUACUGUUACAUUACUUUUUAAGUAAAAAAGUAAUUAGAUUGCAGUAACUAAUUACUUUGUUAUUACACUACAGCAACACUUUUGCUGAUCCAGGUGAGGUCAGGGUCAUGGUCAUUAUGAUGUCACUGCAGGGCGGGGGGAGGAGUUUAUUUCUUUAUUUUGUUGUGUGUCUCCUAUUACGGACACCCUGGAUUUUUUUUUUUUUUUUUUUAUUAAAAUUUUUAUUGAUACAUAAAUUAACACA